AUGAAUGUCAAGUGACAUCAGCGCGUUUAGUAUAUGGUUUUUGAUUAACAGCGACAUAUUAGAUUUUUCCUCCAACAUCGAUCGUGUGUUAUCGGACGGGGGGCUUCAUCGCACUUUCAUGCCCCCUCGCAGUGGCGAUCGGACUAAUUGUAGAGGCAGUAAGAGCGAAUUUUAGCCAGGCACGAGUAAAGUUCUCAGCACCAGGAUUAGUGGGCAUUUCGAAGUUGUGGUGAGAGCAUCGAGAAAGUCGUGAAAGUGUGAACACAAGGAUUAACGGGCGGACGUCAUCAUUAUGGGCACAGAGGCGAAGAUUUUGUCAGGAACGCAGGUUUCCAAAGAAAUACGGGAUGUGCUGCGCGAGAAAGUGAGCCAAUUCACGAAGAAGCUGCCCGCCUUCAAGCCUCGUCUCGCCAUCGUUCAGGUGGGCUGUCGUGAGGAUUCCAAUGUCUACAUCCGCAUGAAGCUGAAGGCCGCUUCUGAGAUUGGAAUAGAUGCCCAGCAUGUGCAGUAUCCGGAGACAAUCACCGAGCGAGAGCUCCUGAGGAAUCUGCAACGGUUGAAUAAUGACCCAACGAUUCAUGGAAUCAUCGUGCAGAUGCCUCUCGACUGUGUCAAUGAGAUCGACUCUCAUCUCAUUACGGACUCCGUGUCGCCCAGCAAGGAUGUCGAUGGGCUCAACACUAUCAACGAGGGACGCGUGUGUGUGGGCGAGAUGACGGGAUUUCUGCCCUGCACGCCCAAUGGGUGCAUUGAGCUGAUCAAGAGGACAGGUGUCCAGAUCGCCGGCGCAAACGCGGUCGUCCUGGGGCGCAGCAAAAUUGUUGGCACGCCCGUGUCUGAGUUGCUGAAGUGGAAUCACGCCACCGUCACCGUGUGCCACUCCAAAACCCUUAAUUUGAGCGAACAGACCAGGAACGCUGAUAUCCUCGUUGUGGCCAUUGGAAAGCCUGAAUUCGUGCGCGGAGACUGGAUUAAGCCUGGAGCUGUUGUGAUUGACUGCGGAAUCAAUGCUAUUCAGGAUCCGACCAAGAUCUCAGGGCAGCGCCUGGUGGGGGACGUGUGCUACGAAGAGGCCCGGCAAGUGGCCUCUUACAUCACUCCAGUGCCUGGUGGGGUGGGACCCAUGACUGUGGCGAUGCUCAUGCAGAACACUGUUCAGUCUGCCGAGAACGCGUACAAGAAGCUGUUGAAAAUGUCGUGGGAUCUCCAAGUGUUGCCGCUGAAUCUCCAGAAGCCCGUGCCCAGCGAUAUCGAGAUUGCGAGAUCGCAGGUACCCAAAGAUGUGUCUCUUCUGGCCGCUGAAGUUGGAAUUAUUCCUGAAGAGCUGUCCUUGUAUGGAACGAAGAAGGCCAAAGUGUCCCUAAGCGUCCUCGAUCGUCUCAAGAGCACUGUCGAUGGAAAGUACAUCGUUGUCGCGGGAAUCACUCCCACGCCUCUGGGAGAGGGGAAGAGCACCACUCUCGUGGGCCUGGCUCAGGCUCUUACGGCGCACAAGAAGAAGAAGGCGUUCGCCUGUCUGAGACAGCCUUCGCAGGGCCCCACGUUUGGCAUCAAGGGCGGUGCAGCCGGCGGCGGUUACUCCCAGGUCAUCCCCAUGGAGGACUUCAAUCUGCAUCUCACUGGAGACAUCCAUGCAAUCACGGCGGCCAAUAAUCUACUGGCUGCCCAGCUGGACGCCAGGAUCUUCCACGAGGCCACACAGACGGAUGCUGCAUUGUACGAGCGCCUUGUGCCAAAGGUGAAGGGCGAGAGGAAGUUCUCCAAGAUCCAGCGCAGACGUUUGGAUCGCCUGGGCAUCACGAAGACCGAUCCCGACACUCUUACGUCUGAGGAAGUGGCCAAGUUCGUGCGCUUGGACAUUGAUCCCACGAAAGUCGUGUGGACUCGCGUGGUGGACAUCAACGAUCGCUACUUGAGGAGGAUCACCAUCGGUCAGGCGAACACUGAGAAGGGCUUCACGCGUGAGACCAGCUUCUCAAUCUCCGUGGCCAGCGAGCUGAUGGCCAUCCUGGCACUCACUACUGGCCUGGAGGACAUGAAGGAGCGCAUCGCGAAGAUUGUCGUGGCUUUCGACAAGUCCGGCAAUCCCGUCACUGCUGAUGAUUUAGGCAUGACUGGUGCGAUGAUGGUGCUGCUGAAGGACACACUGGAGCCUACGCUGAUGCAGACUCUCGAGGGCACUCCUGUCUUCGUGCACGCCGGCCCCUUUGCCAACAUUGCUCACGGAUGCAACUCCAUUAUUGCCGACAACAUCGCUCUGAAGUUGGUGGGUCGCGAGGGUUACGUGGUCACGGAGGCAGGCUUUGGCUCGGACAUUGGCAUGGAAAAGUUCUUCAACAUCAAGUGCCGCACGUCUAAGAAAGUGCCCAACGCCAUUGUGCUCGUGGCCACUGUGCGAGCGCUCAAGAUGCACGGCGGUGGACCUCCAGUGUCCGCUGGAAGCUCCAAGAAGGAGUAUAUGGAGGAGAACCUGGAGCUGCUGAAGAAGGGCCUUCCGAAUCUCCUGAAGCACAUCAGCAACGGCUGCAAGUACGGCAUUCCGGUGCUUGUGAGCAUAAACGCACACGCUUACGACACAGCGGCUGAACAUAACAUGAUCCGAGAGGCUGCCCUCAAGCAAGGCGCUUUGGCUGCUGUGGUGUCUAAGCACUGGAGCGAGGGCGGCGCCGGAGCAGCACUCCUGGCGGACGCUGUCAUCAAGGCUUGUAACAACAAAUCUAAGUUCAAAUUUCUCUACAAUCUGGACAUGUCAAUCGAAGAAAAGAUUAUCCACAUCGCCAAAGAAAUGUAUGGAGCCGGAAAGGUAGACUUCAACACUCGCGUCCACGAAAUGAUGAGAUUGCUAACCGAGAAGGGAUACAAAAAUCUCCCAAUUUGUAUGGCCAAAACGCAACUGUCUCUGUCCGGAAAUCCCGAGCUCAAAGGCGCGCCUACUGACUUCAAACUGCCCGUCACAGAUCUCUACUUGUCCGCCGGAGCUGGAUUCAUUGUGGCAAUCGCUGGAGACAUUAGCAAGAUGCCCGGCCUGCCGACCAGACCCUGCGUCUACGACAUUGACCUCAACACGGAGACCGGCGAAAUCGAGGGACUCUUCUGAGCACUUCCCUCGUUUUUUUGUAGUUUUAUAGGAAUACCAACGCUGCGGAGUGCCUGGGUGUUUUUAACGCAAUAAAGUUACCCCAGAUAGAGGGAAGCGUAA